AUAUUGGAUAUCUUGGACAUUGGAAAAUGGACAGUUGCAAUCCUUACAUUUCGGCGCCUUAAGUUAGGCGGUACAAACGAGUAAAGCACGUUACACAUGGAUUCGAAGUCUCCCUUAAGCAAAAAAGUGAAGAGCAGCAAUCAGACAAAGAAAACCCAAGCUGCUAAAAAUGUAUCCAAGAUAUCGAAGAAACCUUCAAAGUCACUUCAGGCACUGAGAAGUGUGAAAAGUGGCAAAGUAGUGAAGGCAGGAAGCAAAAAGUCCGCGAGUUCUCUGAAGGCGUUGAAAGCACAACGGGCUGUAACACUAGGUGCCCAUACGAAGGGCAAAAAAAGAGUAAUGUAUACAACGCGAUUUAGACGACCAAAAACAUACAAACCUCCACGAUGUCCCAAGGAUAGAAGAUUCCUGAUCCCCAAAAGAAACAAACUGGAUGCCUUUCGCAUCAUUCAGCAUCCGGUUACAACCGAAGCUGCUAUGAAGAAAAUUGAAGACAAUGACACGUUGGUGUUUAUUGUUGACCGACGAGCAAAUAAACCCGCAAUCAAAGCCGCUGUCCAAGAACUUUAUAACAUAAAAGUUGCAAAAGUGAAUACGCUCAAUUGCCCUAACAAUGUUAAAAAAGCAUACGUAAAACUACCACCGGACUUUGAUGCCUUGGAUGUUGCUAAUAGAAUUGGUAUUAUAUAAGUUGUGAAAAAAUACAUUCGCUGGUUUUUUGAGAAGUCCAUGUAUUUUCGAAAACUUCACAAAAGUACUCAGUUCUUAUCAAAUGCGUGGCACUCGCAUUAGUAAGGAUCAUGUAUUUCUGAUUUCAUAAGCUCACGUUAUAUCCUUUAUCAUUUAAAUCGGAUUAUAGAUAUUGUGACUA